AUGAGUGAGGCAGAUGUCCAAGUUCUGCAAAGUGAAAUCAAAGCAAUGGGGGAUGAAAUUAGGUCUCUGAAAGCAGAGAAGGCUGAUGCCGCAUUGAUAAAAGAAAAGAUAGCAGCUAUGCUCGAGAAGAAGAAAUUGCUAGGUGACGGUCAAUUGGAUCAAGGAAAACAUAUUUUGAAAACAGCUAAAGGAACUCGAGACUACGGACCAAAAUCAAUGGCUGUUCGAGAAUCAGUGCUCAAGAUCGUAACUGAUGCAUUUAAAAGACAUGGAGCGGAAACGAUUGAUACACCAGUUUUUGAGCUCAGAGAAGUGCUCAUGGGUAAAUAUGGUGAGGAAGGAGGAAAACUUGUUUAUGACCUUCAAGAUCAAGGAGGUGAACUGCUCUCGUUGCGAUAUGAUUUAACGGUGCCGUUUGCUCGUUAUCUUGCUAUGAAUAAAAUUACCAACAUAAAGCGGUAUCACAUUGCAAAGGUGUACCGUAGAGAUCAGCCAGUGAUGACGAGGGGACGUUACAGAGAGUUCUACCAAUGUGAUUUUGACAUUGCGGGUCAGUACGAUUUGAUGAUUCCUGAAGCAGAAUGCUUGAAAAUUGUAGACGAGGUUCUAUCAAAACUAGAGAUCGGUGAAUUUAACAUUAAGUUGAACCACCGCUUCAUUCUCGAGGGUAUGUUUGCCGCUUGUGGAGCUGGUGCCGAUCAGUUCAAAACCGUUUGUUCAUCUGUGGACAAGCUCGAUAAGCUGCCGUGGGUUGAGGUAGAGGAGGAGCUCAUAAAGGACAAAGGUUUGACGAAAGAGAAUACCGAAAAGUUGGGCCAAUUCGUCAGGCUGAGAGAAUUCAAUCCUUCCAUGGGUAAUGUGGAGCUUCUGGACAAACUGAUGGAGUUUGAGGAUCUUGCAAAAAAUGCACGAUUCAAGAAAGGUGUACUGGUGAAUUACUGCUCACUCUUUGGCGUUAGCACUGUGAGGUUUGAUCCUUCGCUAGCCCGGGGACUGGAUUAUUAUACAGGAGCUAUUUACGAGGCUGUUGUUCCAAAGGCGUUAGAAGGUGUAAGUCUUGAAGCUAAUGGUGAGGAGCAAAAGGGUCUUCCGGUGGGCGUCGGAUCCGUUGCAGCCGGUGGAAGAUAUGACGAGUUAGUUGGCAACUUCAUGGCACCUAGUGGGACAAAGGGGAAAGAAAAACGCCAAGAUGUGCCUUGUGUCGGCGUUUCUUUUGGUAUUGAACGAUUGUUCGCCAUUAUGGAAGCAAAAAUGCAGAUUGAACAGCUGCAAGUGCGAACUACUGAAACUGAAAUUUACAUCGCAUCUGCUCAAAAGAAUCUUUUGCAAGAACGUAUGAAGCUCUGUAAGAUUUUAUGGGACGAAGGAUUCAAGGUUGAGCUAGCCUAUAAAGCCAACCCGAAACUGCUCACUCAACUGCAAUACUGUGAGGACAGGUUAGUCCCACUGGUACUGAUAGUGGGAGAGCGCGAGCUUCAAGAUGGUGUAGUGAAGCUUCGUAAUGUCAAAACAAGGGUGGAGCAGGAUGUGCCUGUAAAUGAACUGGUUCCAACUCUACGAUCUACUCUUUCGUCGUUGAAGUGA